CGCUCAGCUCCUUUAUGCAUCCAAAUUUAUUCAAAAAAAUCUGAAUUUUCUCCUGCAAAUUAUUAUCCAACGGAUUUGAGAUCAAAAUACAAACUUGAAGUAUCAAAGAUAUUAUUUGGCACGGCAUCAUUUGGUGGAUUUUAUGACGAAGUUGGAAAAUGCACACCUUAUGAUGCUGUAUUGCGAGCUCUUGAGCUAGUCCUUAUUAUGGAGACAGCGAAGAAAUUCUCGGAUCAAUUCUCUCAUCGCUCAAUGAUAAAUAUCCAAGGUCACACUAUUAUAUUAUUACAAAAGUUGGAAGAUAUGGUUCAACUAAAAAAGACUUUGAUUACUCUCCGUGAAAGUGUUGAAGAAAGUUGUAGACGACUAAGAACUGAUUAUCUUGAUGUCGUGUAUGCUCAUGAUGUAGAGUACGUGGAUACUGAUAAGGUUGUUGGCAAUAAUGGGGCUUUGAUGGAAUUGUUCAAGUUAAAGAAAGAGGGAAAAAUUAAAUAUGUUGGGAUUUGUGGUAGGAAAUUACAGUAUUAA